AAUUGGUAAAAGCUUAAAUUUUCAAUUCUCACCAGUCAUAUAUGGCCGUAAGAGAGUAAUUAUUUGGAAUAUCUGAAGACAAAUUAGCGUUUUAACGAUAUUUUUAUUUCUGUUUUUUUUUUUUCGUUUUGAUUUGGUUCUCUCGGUUGAUGAUCUUUGUUCAUCAACUAGAGUGAUUGUAAUUAUAACCAAUAGAAUCUAAAUUUCAAAACCUUUUUUUAUUAAUUUAAGUAUUCUUUUUCCAAAAUUUUUGAAACCAUUGCUGAAUUUCGUGGAUUUUGAAAAUUUCUAAUCCACUGCUGAAAACAAUGGCGGUGGAGCCGUUGACGUCUGGCGUAAGUGAUCUAAUCAACGCGCUCUUCUCGUUACGAUCGUUGAGGAGCUUGUUGGUGGUGUUGAACGCCGUCGUUUUGCUUCUCCUGUUGCCGACCCGGCGACGGAAACGGACCUCCGCGUUGAAAUCUGAAGCGGGAAAGGAUGAGAAACACGAGGGCAGGAAGAAAGGGUCUGUGGGGACUAAGUUUAGGGUUCCGGCCGCGGUGGUGCAGCGGAGAAGCACGGCGUUUGCAGUGGACCUAGAGGCGGCAGCGAGGCGAUCGCUGGCGAUUCGGAGGGUGGUUCAGGACGAUGACGGCGUUAGUAUGAGGGAGUUUUCGUUGGUUUCUAGUGCAAGAGGUGACACGUUAUUCAUUCAGAUUUGGACUCCCAUUUCCGUACAAAUCAGGGGAGUAGUUUUUCUUAUGCAUGGCUUGAAUGAACACAGCGAUAGAUACAACGAUUUCGCAAAGCGACUUAAUACUAAUGGAUUCAAGGUCUACGGAAUGGAUUGGAUUGGACAUGGUGGAAGUGAUGGACUACAUGGAUAUGUUCAUUCUCUUGAUUAUGCUGUUAAUGACAUGAAAAUGUUCCUCGAAAGGGUUUUCGUUGAAAACCCAGGGCUUCCGUGUUUCUGUUUUGGUCAUUCUACGGGUGGUGCAAUUGUCCUAAAAGCAACACUCGAUCCCCAGGUUGAAAAUCGAGUAGCAGGCAUUAUACUAACUUCCCCAGCUGUUGGUGUCCAGCCAUCUCAUCCGAUCUUCGUGGUACUUGCCCCGAUCAUGUCAUUUCUAUUACCACGAUUCCAAGUCCAUGUUGCAAACAGAAGGGGGAACCCGGUUUCUAGGGACCCGGAGGCACUGGUGGCUAAAUAUUCUGAUCCAUUGGUAUACACCGGACCUCUUCGGGUAAGAACCGGCUACGAAAUCCUUAGAAUCACAUCUUACUUGCAGCACAAUAUGAAAAGAUUGAAAGUCCCUUUCCUUGUUCUCCACGGCAUGGAUGAUACCGUAACCGAUCCUAAAGCUUCACAAAAACUAUACGACGAGGCCUCAACCGACAAAACGAUCAAAUUAUACAAAGGUCUCUUGCAUGAUCUCCUCUUCGAACUAGAACGAGAAGCUAUAAUGGAUGACAUAAUUCAAUGGCUAAAUGUUAGAGCUUAAAAAAGGAAAACUCACCACUUCAAUGUUGAAAACACACAGUUUUGUUUUUUGAUAAAAUGUUGUGAAUUUUAGGGAUUGAUCCCUCUUUGUUGUUGAUAGGCUAGAUUGGUUCCAUCCUGGCUCAUGAAGCUUUGCUUGUAAUGGUGUUCUCUGUUACGGUGUUACCACGGUAUAUAUGGAAAUAUGUGGUAGCUUUUUUUUUACAGUAGAAUUUUCAUUCAUUCA